GGCAUCCCGAGUUCGGAUCCCAGGAGGCCCUGCGGCCGCCGCGCAGAUUCCCUCGGCCGGGGUCGUGAUGGAGCUACCUGCUGUGAACCUGAAGGUGAUUCUUCUGAUUCACUGGCUGCUGACAACCUGGGGCUGCAUUGUGUUCUCGGGGUCCUACGCCUGGGCUAACUUCACCGUGCUGGCCUUGGGUGUGUGGGCCGUGGCCCAGCGGGACUCCAUCGACGCCAUCAGCAUGUUUCUAGGCGGCUUGCUGGCCACCGUCGUCUUGGACAUAAUCCACCUGGGCGUCUUCUACCCGCGCUCCAGCCUCUCGGACACGAGCCGCUUCGGGGCUGGCAUGGCCAUCCUCAGCCUGCUGCUCAAGCCCCUCUCCUGUUACCUCGUCUACCACAUGUACCAGGAGCGCGGCGGCGACCAUCUCUUCCACCCAGGCUUCCUUGGAUCUUCACAGGAACACAAUGCCUACCAGACGAUUGACUCACCAGCUGCACCUGCGGACCCCUUCGCGGGCCCCGAGGGCAGGGACCAGGCUGCCCGAGGAUACUGAGGCUGGCUGCAAGGUGCCUGGUUCCAGCUGGACUGCUCUCACCUCCUGAUACCAGGAGGUCACUCGAGGGACGCUCCUGCCCUCCCUCUCUCGGCCCUAAGAUGACUGUCCUCUCCCACCCUAUGAAUCAGUGUCCUGCUUGGCCCAGACUCCCCAAGCUUCCUGUGCGCCCCCUGAAGGCAGCCCAUGGUCCCCUGACCUCCUCCCUCCCACAGCUGCAUGGAGCAGGCCCAGGCCCCAUGGUGUCACUGUGGUGGCUCCGUGAUGCCCCUCCAAUUCCUUGAGCCCUUCCACAGGUGCCCCUGGUGCUUCAGGCCACGCUUGACCCAGAACUGCUGAGCCCAGAGUGAGGUCCCCAAGUUUCCCACUGCCCAGCCACUUGGCCCAGGGCUGAGACAGCCCACGGUUUCCUUCUCGGAGACACGGCAUUAAAGUGUGGGCAGUUCU